AUGGUUCGCUGUACCAGACGUUCUAAAUUUCAAGAGUUGAGCCUGCUGUUUUCAUUGGACGAACAGUUCCGCCCCGUGGCGGUGCUUGGAAGUUUAGCAGGCCCGCUGAAUCAAUUUGACAGUCAUUGUCAGCAGCAGUUUGCAGAGGGAAAACUAAAACUAAGGCUCACAUCUGCUAAUAAUUUGUGGUUUUUGUCCCUCCACCUGUUCUCUUUCUUUCAGCUUGGAUCCCUUAGCACCAUUACAGCUCAACCAGAGCAGAAAGCCCCAAAUCUCAUAGGCACAUACCGCCAUGUUGACCGUACCACGGGCCAGGUGCUAACCUGUGACAAGUGUCCAGCAGGAACCUAUGUCUCCGAGCAUUGUACCAACACGAGCCUGCGUGUGUGCACCAGUUGUCCUCCGGGGACUUUUACCAGGCAUGAGAAUGGCAUCGAGAAAUGCCAUGACUGUAGCCAGCCGUGCCCACGGCUGAUGGUUGAGAAAUUACCUUGUGCUGCCUUGACUGACCGAGAAUGCACUUGCCCACCCGGCAUGUUCCAAUCGAAUGGCACCUGCGCCCCCCACACCGUGUGUCCUGUGGGUUGGGGCGUGCGGAAGAAAGGGACAGAGAAUGAGGAUGUGCGGUGUAAGCAGUGUGCCCGGGGUACCUUCUCCGAUGUGCCUUCCACCGUGAUGAAAUGUAAAGCACACACAGACUGCCUGAGUCAGAACCUGGUGGUGGUCAAGCCGGGGACCAAGGAGGCAGACAACGUCUGUGGCCCACGCCCGUCCUUCUCCAGCCCAGCACCCCCCUCUCCUGACACAGCCAUCUUUUCACGCUCGGGGCAUGGGGCUUCCCAUGAAGUCAUUUCCUCUACGUACGCUCCCAAAGGCAUGAACUCAACAGACUCCAACUCUUCUGCCUCCAUUAGACCAAAGGUACCAAGUGGCAUCCAGGAAGGGACAGUCCCUGACAACAGGAGCUCAGCCAGCAGGGAGGAAGGCGGGAACCAGAGCCUCCCUGCCCUCCAGGUGGUCACUCGUCAGCAAGGCCCCCACCACAGACACAUUCUGAAGCUGUUGCCGUCCAUGGAGGCCACCGGGGGUGAGAAGUCCAGCACUCCCAUCAAGGGCCCCGCGAGGGGCCACCCCAGGCAGAACCUCCACAGGCACUUUGACAUCAACGAGCACCUGCCCUGGAUGAUCGUGCUUUUCCUGCUGCUGGUGCUUGUGGUGAUCGUGGUGUGCAGUGUCCGGAAAAGCUCCAGGACUCUGAAAAAGGGGCCCCGGCAGGACCCCAGUGCCAUUGUGGAAAAGGCCGGGCUGAAGAAAUCUGUGACUCCAACCCAGAACCGGGAGAAGUGGAUCUAUUACUGCAAUGGCCACGGUAUUGACAUCCUGAAGCUGGUGGCAGCCCAGGUGGGAAGCCAGUGGAAGGAUAUCUAUCAGUUUCUUUGCAAUGCCAGCGAGAGGGAGGUGGCCGCUUUCUCCAAUGGCUACACCGCGGACCACGAGCGGGCCUACGCGGCCCUGCAGCACUGGACCAUCCGGGGGCCCGAGGCCAGCCUCGCCCAGCUCAUCAGCGCCCUACGUCAGCACCGGCGCAACGACGUCGUGGAGAAGAUCCGCGGGCUCAUGGAAGACACCACCCAGUUGGAAACGGACAAACUGGCUCUCCCGAUGAGCCCCGGGCCGCUGAGCCCGAGCCCCAUCCCCAGUCCCAAUACGAAACUUGAGAACUCCGCUCUCCUGACUGUGGAGCCCUCCCCGCUGGACAAGAACAAGGGGUUCUUCGUGGACGAGUCCGAGCCCCUUCUGCGCUGUGACUCCACGUCCAGCGGCUCCUCGGCACUCAGCAGGACCGGCUCCUUUAUUACCAAAGAAAAGAAGGACACAGUGUUGCGGCAGGUACGGCUGGACCCCUGUGACCUGCAGCCGAUCUUCGAUGACAUGCUCCACCUCCUGAACCCCGAGGAGCUGCGCACCAUUGAAGAGAUCCCUCAGGCUGAGGACAAACUGGACCGGCUCUUCGAGAUCAUUGGAGUCAAGAGUCAAGAAGCCAGUCAGACCCUCCUGGAUUCCGUGUAUAGCCAUCUUCCCGAUCUGCUGUAGAGCGCACAGACACUGCAUUCUGGAAAUCAACUUAGUGGCAGGGUGGUUUUCUUUUGUUUCUUCCCCCUCCUCUCCCUGCCUCCCCCCUUCAAAUGUGUGUUUGCGUGUGCGUGCGUGCGUGCAUGCGUGCGUGUGUGUGUGUGUGUGUGUGUAACAGAGUAUAUGGCCAGUGCUUGGGUUCUUUCUUGGUACUUCUUUUCUUGGCUCCCUUCCUUUUCCCUCUUUUUCCCCUCCUCUCUUUUCCUUAUGGGAAGUUAGUUUAUAAGCCUUUUCAAGAUUUAACUGUUGCAAAAAAAAACCCACCACUAAAGUUUUUAAGUUUCAUAUUUUCUGGGUGUUUUUUUUUUUUUUGCCUUCUUAUGUAUUUUCACAAUUGUUCUGUGCACUUUAAAUCCACUUUGCUUGCCGCCAGUACGGUGUGACUCUUCUUACACACUGGAUUGUGAGGCUCUUUCUAACUCCUUCAGAGAGUAAUGGCAUCUUGUGAAUUCUAUAAGCAUCCUGUCUUUCAGUGUCCAUCCCUGCUCUUUUGUGUUUAAAUAAGACUCUUCAUAUUUUGAUUUGUCCUUUACAAAUGUUCUUAAGGAUUAAGCAAAUUGAAGACCCUGUUAAGUUACUGUAAUGCACUUAGAUGUUGAGUUCUCUUUCACUAUGCCUUGUCUAUUAUCAUAUUCAUGGCUGACACUUGACACACUUGCUGAUUGUAUGGUUUUCACUGUGUAGAAUGCUUGACUACUUGUGCUUUUCUUAAUGCUAAUAUGCUCUGGGCUGGUGAAGUAUCCUUAAGCCAUCAGGACUUACUUGCUAUUUCAGUGGCUUGACACCUGGGCCACCAAAGAACUUGAACUUCAUCUUUUAGGGACUGAGUUGUUCGGGAACACAUUGCUGCACUUUGGAAAAACAAAACUGUGUGCCACUGGCACCUUUUCCCAUAGAAAAUGUGCCCAGCUUUGCUUUCAAAGAUGCCCUUGUUUUUAUACACACAUAGUCGGUAGGUCUAGCCUGCCUUCGGGCCUUGCUGGAUUUCCUUCAUCAUCCAAUCACUUUAAUUAAAAAUGGCUGCGGCUGUAAGAACUCUUGUCUGAUAUAUUUACAACUAUGCUCCCAUUUAUGAAUCUACCCGCCAAUGCUCAGUGGUCAGAUUCUAAUGCAAAGAUGGUGUGGAUUCACUCUGUGUGAGCAGGAUGUGUGGGUAAUCGUGAGGAACCCAUGAUCAGAAAAAUGCCUUCAAGUGUACUAAUUUAUUAAUAAAUAUUAGGUGUUUGUUA